UUCUCAAUUUUUAUUUGGAACAACGUUAGACUCAUAAUCAUCAUCAUGGUACUUUUAAAGAGUACUACUACUACUCUUUGUAUUUUUCUUCUAUUCCUUUCUGCUGCCUCGUUGUCCACUGCUAGGUUUCAUCCUACAGGUGGUGAAGUUAAUGGACUUUUGAGCACAAAGGGUAAAGUUAUAAGUGCAACUAUAAACAAAAAUAAGGAGAAAACCCUAGCAGCAAUAGACUCAAAGAAAUUGAGUGCAAAUGGAAAGAAAAGUUUAAGAAGCCAUUUGUCUGACGAGGUUGGUGUUGGUUUUGUUGCUUUUACUGCUGACUAUCAUUCACCAAGGCAUCAUCCACCUAAGAACAACAAAUGAGACUACUUUUUAAGAUAUAAGAUAUAUUUUCGUGUUUUUCUAAUUUUGCUCAUCCUUUUCCUUAUGUUUUUCUAGCUGAAGAGUUUCUUGUAUCUCCAAUUGUCAUAGUAUAUUCUUUUUUGUCACUGUACUGUAAAAUUAACAUAUGUCAAAUCAAAGUCCCUUAGAGCAAGUGUUCCAUGGACAUAAUUAAAUUAUAAGGUUUCUUGUGUUGUUUUUCAA